CACAAUGACUCCUACAUGUGUCCAAAUGAAUGGAUAUUGUUCCAAGAACCAGUGCAAUAGCAAUGAUGAACAGCAAAUUCCAGGGGGAUGCGACGGACCUGGGUGUAAAUGCUGUGCCCCUAAAGAAUGCACCAAGACACCUACAUGUGACCAAAUGAAUGGAUAUUGUUCCAAGAGCCAGUGCAAUAGUAAUGAAGACCAAAUUCAAGGGGGAUGCGACGGACCUGGGUGUAAAUGCUGUGCCCCUAAAGAAUGCAUCGAAAAACCUAUAUGUUCCCAAAAUGGAGGAUAUUGUGCCAAGGGCCAGUGCGAUAGCAAUGAUGAGCAGCAAAUUCCAGGGGGAUGCGACGGACCUGGGUGUAAAUGCUGUAUCCAUAAACGAGAAUGUACCAUGACAAAUUCAUGUGCCCAAAUGAAUGGAUAUUGUUCCAAGAACCAGUGCAAUAGUAAUGAAGACCAAAUUGAAGGGGGAUGUUACGGACCUGGGUGUAAAUGCUGUGCCCCUAAAGAAUGCAUCGAAAAACCUAUAUGUUCCCAAAAUGGAGGAUAUUGUGCCAAGGGCCAGUGCGAUAGCAAUGAUGAGCAGCAAAUUCCAGGGGGAUGCGACGGACCUGGGUGUAAAUGCUGUAUCCAUAAACGAGAAUGUACCAUGACAAAUUCAUGUGCCCAAAUGAAUGGAUAUUGUUCCAAGAACCAGUGCAAUAGUAAUGAAGACCAAAUUGAAGGGGGAUGUUACGGACCUGGGUGUAAAUGCUGUGCCCCUAAAGGAUGCACCAUGACACCUACAUGUGCACAAAUGAAUGGAUAUUGUUCCAAGAGCCAGUGCAAUAGUAAUGAAGACCAAAUUGAAGGAGGAUGCGAAGGACCUGGGUGUAAAUGCUGUGCCCCUAAAGCAUGCAUCAUGACACCUACAUGUGCCCAAAUGAAUGGAUAUUGUUCCAAGAGCCAGUGCAAUAGUAAUGAUGAACAGCAAAUUCCAGGGGGAUGCGACGGACCUGGGUGUAAAUGCUGUGCCCCUAAAGCAUGCACCAUAACACCUGCAUGUGCCCAAAUGAAUGGAUAUUGUUCCAGGCGCCAGUGCAAUAGUAAUGAAGAACAGCAAAUUCCAGGGGGAUGCGAAGGAUCUAGUUGUAAAUGCUGUGCCCCUAAAGAGUGCAUCGAAAAACCUAUAUGUUCCCAAAAUGGAGGAUAUUGUGCCAAGGGCCAGUGCGAUAGUAAUGGUGAACAGCAAAUUCCAGGGGGAUGCGACGGACCUGGGUGUAAAUGCUGUAUCCAUAAACGAGAAUGCACCAUGACAAAUUCAUGUGCCCAAAUGAAUGGAUAUUGUUCCAAGAACCAGUGCAAUAGUAAUGAAGACCAAAUUGAAGGGGGAUGCGACGGACUUGGGUGUAAAUGCUGUGCCCCUAAAGGAUGUACCAUGACAACUUUAUGUGCCCAAAUGAAUGGAUAUUGUUCAAAGAACCAGUGCAAUAAUAAUGAAGACCAAAUUGAAGGGGGAUGCGAUGGACCUGGGUGUAAAUGCUGUGCCCCUAAAGGAUGCCCCGUGACACCUACAUGUGCCCAAAUGAAUGGAUAUUGUUCCAAGAACCAGUGCAAUAGUAAUGAAGACCAAAUUGAUGAGGGAUGCGACGGACUGGGGUGUAAAUGCUGUGCCCUUAAAGGAUGCACCAUAACACCUACAUGUGCCCAAAUGAAUGGAUAUUGUGCCAAGAGCCAGUGCAAUAGCAACGAUGAACAGCAAAUUCCAGGGGGAUGCGACGGACCUGCGUGUAAAUGCUGUGUCACUACAAAAGAAUGCACCAAAAAACCUAUAUGUUCCCAAAAUGGAGGAUAUUGUGCGAUGGGCCAGUGCGACAGCAUUGAUGAACAACAAAUUCCAGGGGGCUGCGACGGACCUGGGUGUAAAUGCUGUAUCCCUAAAACAGAAUGCACGAAAAAUCCUACAUGUGCCCAAAUGAAUGGAUAUUGUGCCAAGGGCCAGUGCGAUAACAAAGAUGAACAGCAAAUUCCAGGGGGAUGUGAUGGACCUGGGUGUAAAUGCUGUGUCUCUAACACAGACUGCUUCAGUCACCCUAUAUGUCACAAAAAUGGGGGAUAUUGUACAAAGGGCCAGUGCGAUAACAAAGAUGAACAGCAAAUUCCAGGGGGAUGUGAUGGACCUAGGUGUAAAUGCUGUAUCCCUAACACAGUAUGCACCAUGACACCUACAUGUGCCCAAAUGAAUGGAUAUUGUGCUAAGGGCCCGUGCAAUAGUAAUGAUGAACAGCAAAUUCCAGGGGGAUGCGACGGACCUGGGUGUAAAUGCUGUGUCUCUACAAAAGGAUGCACCUUGCUGAACAUAUGCUUCCAAAAAGGAGGAUACUGCAGCAAGAGCCAGUGUGAUCAUGAUACAGAAACUGAGCUUGCCAAUGGAUGUGAUGGUCCAGGAUGUAAAUGCUGUAUUCGUAAAGCAGUUUGUCAAGAGUUAGACCGAUGUACAAUGAGAGGAGGUCAGUGUACCAGUCUCUUCUGUCUUGAGAAUGAAAAAGAGGUUCCACACGGAUGUUCUUCUAAUAACUGCGUUUGUUGCGCUCCUCUGAAUGGAUGCAAUGAGUUAAGUAUUUGCAACCAGGGUGGAGGAUAUUGCAGCAGGAGCCAAUGUGACCACUUCACAGAAUAUGAAAUCCCCGGGGGAUGUGAUGGCCCCGGUUGCAAAUGUUGCGCUCCUAAAACAGUUUGUGAUGAGACACCCAGUUGCACGCAAGGAGGCGGUAACUGUCGCCAUGAGUGUAUUGUAGGGGAAAUAAUGAUUCCAUAUGGAUGUUCUGGAACAAACUGUAUGUGUUGUGCUCCAGAUAAAGGAUGCACCUUGCUGAACACAUGCUUCCAAAAAGGAGGAUACUGCAGCAAGAGCCAGUGUGAUCAUGAUACAGAAACUGAGCUUGCCAAUGGAUGUGAUGGUCCAGGAUGUAAAUGCUGUAUUCGUAAAGCAGUUUGUCAAGAGUUAGACCGAUGUACAAUGAGAGGAGGUCAAUGUACCAGUCUCUUCUGUCUUGAGAACGAAAAAGAGGUUCCACACGGAUGUUCUUCUAAUAACUGUGUUUGUUGCGCUCCUCCAAAUGGAUGCAAUGAGUUAAGUAUUUGCAACCAGGGUGGAGGAUAUUGCAGCAGGAGCCAAUGUGAUCACUUCACAGAAUCUGAAAUCCCUGGGGGAUGUGAUGGCCCCGGUUGCAAAUGCUGCACUCCUAAAACAGUUUGUGAUGAGACACCCAGCUGCACGCAAGGAGGUGGUAACUGUCGCCAUGAGUGUAUUGCAGGGGAAAUAAUGAUUCCAUAUGGAUGUUCUGGAACAAACUGUAUGUGUUGUGCUCCAGAUAAAGGAUGCAAUGAGUUAAGUAUUUGCAACCAGGGUGGUGGAUAUUGCAGCAGGCGUCAAUGUGACCACUUCACAGAAUAUGAAAUCCCCGGGGGAUGUGAUGGCCCCGGUUGCAAAUGCUGCGCUCCUAAAAAAGCGUGUAUGGAGUUGGACCCAUGCAUGAAAGCAAGGGGCAAUUGUAGCAACAGCGGUUAUUGUAUGGAUAAUGAAAGGAUUAUUGCAAAAGGCUGUUUUGGCACUGGGUGCGUUUGUUGUGCUCCUGAUGAUGUUUGUAUGGAGCUGGACCCAUGCACGGCAGCAAUGGGGACCUGCAGCAAAGGCAGUUCGUGUCACAAGAAUGAAAAAAUGAUUGAAAAUGGAUGUUCUGGCAACGGAUGCGUGUGUUGUGCUCCUGACGAUGAGUGCCAUGAUGACUUGGGUAUCUGUUCCAAAUAUAAUGGACACUGCAGCAAAAGCCCAUGUAAUGCUGAUACAGAAGAACAAAUAGAACAUGGAUGUCACGGUCCCGGUUGUGUAUGCUGUGCUCCUAAACCAGUGUGUAUGGAGCUGGACCCGUGCAAAGCAGCGAUGGGGAACUGCAGCAAAGGCAGUUCUUGUCACAAGAAUGAAAAGAUUAUUGAAAAUGGAUGCUCUGGCGAAGGAUGCGUGUGUUGUGCUCCUGACGAUACAUGCAAAAACACAGAUAUGUGUUCAAAAUAUGGAGGAUACUGUACCAAGGAAAACUGUAACCAUGAUACAGAACUAGAAACUGGAGGCUGUGGCGGUCCUCACUGCAGAUGUUGUGUUCCUAAACCACCAGUGUGUAUGGAGCUGGACCCGUGCAAAGCAGCGAUGGGGAGCUGCAGCAAAGGCAAUUCUUGUCACAAGGAUGAAAAAAUUAUUGAAAAUGGAUGUUCUGGCGAAGGAUGCGUCUGUUGUGCUCCUGACGAUACAUGCAAAAACACAGAUGUGUGUUCAAAAUAUGGAGGAUACUGUACCAAGGAAAACUGUAAUCAUGAUACAGAACUAGAAACUGGAGGAUGUGACGGUCUUCACUGUAGAUGUUGUGCUCCUAAACCACCAGUGUGUAUGGAGCUGGAACCGUGCAAAGAAGCGAUGGGACAUUGCAGCAAAGGCAGUUCUUGUCACAAGAAUGAAAAAAUUAUUGAAAAUGGAUGUUCUGGCGAAGGAUGCGUGUGUUGUGCUCCUGACGAUACAUGCAAAAUCACAGAUAUGUGUUCAAAAUAUGGAGGAUACUGUACCAAGGAAAACUGUAAUCAUGAUACAGAACUAGAAACUGGAGGAUGUGACGGUCCUCACUGUAGAUGUUGUGCUCCUAAACCACCAGAGUGUCAGAUGUUAGAACCAUGCAAGGAGGAAGGAGGUAAAUGUACCACCCAUGACUACUGUGGGCCAAAUGAAAUAGUUAUUGCAGAUGGAUGUUCCGGCAAAGGGUGUAUGUGCUGUGCUCCUGACAUGGGAUGCCAUGACUCGGGUAUGUGCUCCCAAAAUGGAGGACAGUGUACAAAGGAGCGAUGUAAUCCUGAUACUGAGGUCGAUAUUGGAGGUUGUAAUGGCCAUAACUGCAAGUGCUGUGUUCUUAAACCAGGAUGCUAUGAUACAGGUAUGUGUUCCAAAAGUGGAGGACACUGCACUAAGGAACAAUGUCAUCCAUAUACUGAGUAUGAUAUUGGUGGUUGUCAUGGAACUGGGUGUAAAUGCUGUGCUCAUAUCCCAGAGUGUAAGGAGUUGGACCCAUGCACGAAUGCAGGAGGCAAAUGUAGCAGGAAAAGUACUUGUGAGGAAAACGAAAGAGUUAUUGAAGAUGGGUGUUCUGACACUGGGUGUGUGUGUUGCGCUCCUGGGCGUGCUGACUGUCCACCAUCAACUGAUUGCACAGGGGCUGGUGGAACUUGCAAGAUGGAAUGUUCUUCCAAUGAAGAGGACUCUAAUUAUUACUGCUCUGGAUAUGGCUGCAAAUGCUGUAGACCUAAAAAAUCCUGCACACCAUCUACAAAAUGUACUAAGAAAGGUGGUGUUUGUGGGACCAAAGAAGAGUGUAAAAAAGGACAAUUUGUAGAGAAAUAUUGUGGAGAUGGCUGUGGAUGCUGCAUCAAAAAAAGUCCAUCUGAAUGUAAACCCAAGUCGAAAUGUAAGAAAGUAAAUGGAAAAUGCCAGCAAAAGUGUCAAGGCAAUAAAAUAGAGUUACCCAACGGAUGCAAAGGCAAAAAGUGCAAAUGUUGCUAUAAAAAAGAAACCUGCUCACCAUCUAAUAAAUGUAUCAAAAUGGGUGGACACUGCUGUGGUAAAGAAAGCUGCAAGGGUGGUAAAUUCAUGAAGAAAUACUGCAAAGGUGGCAAAGGAUGUGGUUGCUGUAUAUACCAAAAUGGACCACCAACAUGCAGUCCUAAGAGGAAGUGCUCAAAAAAACAUGGCGUAUGCAAAUCACAUUGUGAUAAGGAUGAAACUGAAAUCAGCAAAGGUUGUCAAGGGGACUGCAAGUGCUGCAUUAAAAAGACAGGAGUUUGUUCAGUCACUAGGAAAUGCAUGAAGAGGGGUGGAACUUGCUGCGAGAAGCAUUCUUGCACAAGGGGAGACUUCAUGGAACACUUGUGCGAUCCUGGGUGCGGCUGUUGCUUGGGUGUAGUCCGAUUGGAAGAAGAUAACAGCCCUGACAACACUACUAUACAAGCUUCUCCAAAGAUGAGUGAAAAUAACAAGAAUGUUCAAGGUAAGAGUGGAAAAGUUGUAGGAAAAGGUGAAGCAGCUGGGAGAAGAGGUCAAAAGAGGGGCACCAAAGCUCAAAAGAAGUCCCUAGAUAAAGAACAGAGUCCUAAAGGCACAAAGAAGGGCCUCAAAGGCAAAAAGGGCCUCAUAGGCAAAAAGGGCCUCAACGGCAAAAAGGGCCUCAUAGGCAAAAAGGGUCUCAAAGGCAAAAAGGGCCUCAUAGGCAAAAAGGGUCUCAAAGGCAAAAAGAAAGGUCUCAAAGGCAAAAAGGGCCUCAAAGGCAAAAAGGGCCUCAAAGGCAAAAAGAAGGGUCUCAAAGGCACAAAUGAGGAUCAUAAAGGGCAAGGGAAAAGCCUCCAAGACAAUAAGGAAGGUACUGAAGCCAAAGAGACAGGAAAAAAGAGGGGCAUCAGUAGUAAAAAGAAGGGUCCUCAAGGCACAAAACAGGACCCCAGGAGUAAAAAGGGUCCUAAAGGAAUGAAAAAGGACUUCAGUAGUAAAAAGAGGGAUACUACAGACAUUGAAAAUGGCACCAGUAGUCAAAAGAAGAGUCAUAAAGCCCAAAAGAUAGGCAAGAAUGGUCAAGAGAUGAGCACUAUUGGUAAAAACAACAUCCAGGGAAAAUAAAAUAGCAUCAGUGGUAAAAAUGGCAUUACUGGCAAAAAAAACGAAUGAAUUGUGAAAACAGCAUAACUGACAAAAAGAACAUACAUACAGAAAAAAGUUGGCAUCAAUGAUAUGACAUUAAAGGUACAAUAAAGGGCAGUAUUAACAAAAAGUAAAGAAUGAUGUUGAAGAUUCAAACAAAGGAAAUGACACAAACUGAACUAAUGAUAAGCCAAAGAAAAAUAGUAUACAUUCAAAAGAUCUUAAUGUGGUUUCACAUUAGUAUAAGCUAAAAGAUGGUGGACAAGAAUGAAUAUAUGAGCUGUAUCCUACUGUGGGGAGUAACAACCUAAACAGACAAGAAAAGUAAAACAAGUUUAAAAAGAGAAAGCUUCAAAAUAUGGAGGGCAUGUGCAAAGAGAAGGAAAACAAUGAAUAUAUCUCAUAGGUAAUAUUUAAGCAAGUAGGAAUGGUUUACUGUUUCCCUCAUUACAGCUUUGAUAGCUAUAUAUUUAUUGGUAUUGAUAGGUAAAAAUACUUGUAAAAUACUGGCCUGGUCCAAUUCAAAUUUACAAUGAAAAAAAAUAGAUUUAUCAUACAUAAAAUAAAAAUUUUUACUGUUAGCAAUUAUCUCUCAAAUGAUCGUAUAACAUUUGAUAGUAAGGAUUAUUUAUAUUUUUGUUGACAAUAUUUUAAAGAUGAUGAUCUUGUUUGUUGAAGUUUGAUGUACAUUUGUCUUAGUUGUUAAUUUAAUCUUUAUUUUAGUGUAGUAAGUAGCUUUA